AUGAACAUCAAUGUUGGUGACCUUGACCUUGUGGCUUUCAUCGAGAACCCUGGGGAGAGGAAGAAGACCAUUUGCGGCACCCCAAAUUAUGUCGCACCCGAGGUAUGGCUCGACAUCACGAAUGGACACAGCUUCGAGAUCAAGGACGUCAAGGCCAUUUACAAGCGCAUCCGCGGCAACGAAUACAAAUUUCCCAUAGACCGCGUCAUCUCUGGGGCAGUCCAACACCUCACUCCACAGAUUUUGACCCUCAAUCCCUCACAAUGUCCAACCCUGCACGAAAUUGUUGACCACGCAUUCUUCACGCAUGGCGCUGUCCCCUCCUACAUCCCCUCUGCACACGAUGGCACCCCAGACUUUAAACACAUAUCCGAAUUCGUGUCGGACACCAACUUGAAGCACCUGAGAAAAGACGAUGCCGUCCUCUGCGUUGGGAGGCAUGGCGGCGAGGAAGAGUAUCAUCACCAGCAUCGCACACCUUUCCUCAUGGGCAAUCCCACUGGUCCCAGUGGUGCGGCUUCCAGUGCGCAUGAGAACCAGUUGUUGAGGAAGUUGCAAGCAGUGAAGGAGAGCCCAUUGGGCAGGAGGACUGUUACACAUGGUCUUGACGGAGGCAUUGUGGAAGAAGAGGGCAGAUUGCAGAAGAGGAGGAUGGAAUGGGAGGACGAACACGAAGAGGAGGAAGCGAGGCUGAGGAAGGAGUUGGAGGAGAAUCUCCCGGUGACGGCAGCCCCUCCGACUGCAGCCCUUCCGCCCCCCAAACCAAAUAAAUUCGACAUAGCUGCUCCCUUGCCUUCGACGCCAAAGCCGCAGGGAAGACCCAACCUUCAAAUCUAA